AUUGCAAUUAUGUUUCACUUAUAAAUCAGCUUUAAUUGAUUAUUUAUCACAGCUCUGUAAGUGAAAAAAAUUGCAAUCGUCAAACAAUAAAAUCGAAUUUAUCAAAUAACUUGGAAAAAUAGAAGUAUAAAAAUAGAAUUUUUAAGCGCGCAAUACAUUAUUUGAUGUCGUUACACUAUCUAUAAAGCCGCGAUGAACCUAACCUAGAGUAAAAAAAAAUUAAUUAAUGUGAUCAUGUUCGCCGCAUAAUAUCAUGCUUGUCUCCGCAAGCUAAUAACUAAGUAAUCCACGAUUAUUUUUUUUUUUCAUUUAAACAAACUUUCUUCAUUACUCCUGAUUUUAGACUGAAAAAUGACUUUCUGUGUUAAUUACAAACUAGAAUGUGAGACUUUUCUGUGACCACGUGUGAGAUUUAUUUUUUAUAUUUAUAUCCAAAGGUUUUUGUCAAUGACUUAAAACGACGUUUCUCGUUGAGGAGCCUAAUCUUUUUUCAAUUCAAUAAUCAUUAUUUUGUGUGUGAGGGAGAAAAGAAUAAACCGGCUAAGGUCGCCGAAAAAAUUACGAAUAAAGUCUCAUCUGUAAGUGCAACAUACUUGGAUCAAAAUAUGUAACAUAAAAAUAUUCAUAUAGGUAAUAUUUUGUAUCAUUUAUCCAUAAAUUAUUCAGAAAACUUACUGAAUGAUCUACUACUUCAACAACUUUACAUCAAAAUGGCUACCAUAAGACAAUUUCAACCACCAAAAAUGCUACUACGUAUAUACUCUUUAAUUGUUCUUGGAUUAGAUCUGGUAACAUUAUUCAUUGGUAUUUGGUUUGCUGUGAUAUUGGCUGUCUAUAGAACUUUUAGGCCACCAACAAUGAAAAUUAUUCAUGGAGAAGUAGCAAUGGUAAUUGGUGCUGGCAGAGGGGUUGGCAAAGAAAUAGCAAUUCAACUUGCACAACUUGGAGUUAUUGUAGCUUGUGUUGAUCUAAAUAUGGAAAGUUGUCAAACUACAGUGAACAAAGCUCUACAGUUGUCUGGAUCGGCAAGAUCAUACACAUGUGAUAUUACAAAUGAAAAACAAGUAGAGGAUAUAGUACAAGCAAUAAGAAUCGAAUUAGGUGAGGUUACAAUGCUUUUUCACUGCUGUGGUGUUCCAAGUCCUCGUACUUUAACUCAAAAUUCACAAGAAAUUAGACAGACUAUGGAUAUUUCAAUUUUAAGUCAUUUUUGGUUACUAAACUCAAUACUUCCAAGUAUGCAGAGAAUGGGUAAAGGUCACAUUAUUGUUCUAUCAUCAGUUGCUGGUUUAUCUGGAGGAACAAGUCGAGGAGCUAGGAUACCUCUGUCUACUGCUCAAUUUGCUGUACAAGGCUUUGCUGAAUCAUUACAGACUGAAUUAAGACAUUCCAAUAAUAAUAUAAUGGUAACUUUGGUUCAUGUUUAUCCAUUCAUUAUUGGAGCUGAAGCUGCUAAAGAUAUUCGAUUCAGAAUACCUAGUUAUUUUGGUACUAUGCAAGCAAAUGAAGCAGCAAAACAAAUUUUAGAUGGUGUCAGGAGAAAUUAUACAGAAUUUAGUGUUCCAGGGUAUUUGCUUUAUUUAGGACAUAUCUUAAGGAUAUUGCCAAAGAAAGUAUCUUUUAUGUUACGAGAUUUGUUAGACACUGGUGUUGAUUUUGCAUAAUUUCGCGUUUAUAAAAACUUUUAAUGAAUGCAUCAUAACUGUUUAUCAAACAAUAAGAUUUAUUACAUUUGAUACAUUAAUUGUAAUAUAAACGAAAAGAGACUUAUUUUAUAUGAUAAUGAAGUGAUAUUAAUAGAUUUAACUAAGGAUUCACUGCAAUUUGAG